GAAGACUAUUAACUUGAUAUAUUUCUUCAAAAGACAAUUUCCAGACAGAUUUUAAAACAGUUAGCAGUUUUUCCCUAAAUAUGUAUGUAACAAGGCCUCUUUCUUACUACCAAAAGAAUCCAGAUGCUCUUUCAUUACCUCCUGAAGGUCCAAAUUCAGGUUACUUAGUGAUUCAAGAUGAGGAAUCUGAAACUUAUUGUUGUUUUGGACUUUGUAAAAAUUAUGAUAUCAUGGACCUGCCUUUCCCUCAGAACAAGAAGCUGACCGUUCGAUACCAAUGGAACGAUGGAAUGAACUCUCGUAUUCGUAGUGAUGAGAACAUGAGAAUUCAAAGGGAUGAUGUAAUGUUCAUUCCAGUUCUUAAUAAGCCAUUGUCUUCUAAUCAUUAUUAUGCUAUCAAGCCUCAUGGAAAGCGCAAGGGACAAGCAUUUACUUGUUCAAAGGAGGAAGACAAGCAAACGUGCUGUUUCUGCAGAUGUGUACGAGACGUUAAACCGAAGCCAUUAGAUCCAGAGGAGGUAUAUCAGCAGUUUCAGAUUUGUCUAUAUGAUACAGGUUGCAGUGCCAAAGGUAACUUUUUCGCUAAGUCUCUUGCACCAGAUGGUUUCCCACCGCACUUUCUAAGGCGAAAAGGUUGGCAUCUUUGUGCCGAAACUCCUAAAAAUUAUGAAUUAAAUGAUGAUGCUUUAGGCCUCAAUGCUGAGUUGAGGCAACAACUUCCAGAGUUCAAUUUCACACCAUCUUGUAAAAGUUCUGAUGUUGUUGUUGUAGGGAAAUGGUAUUGUCCUUUCAUGUUUAUUAAAGAUGGAAUAGUAUUACUUAAAGAACAAAUGAAGAGAUCAAUGUUCUAUGAAAUGACACUUGAGCAAAGAUGGGAGCAAUUUUUCACUUGUCAAAAUGACUACAUUAAUGAAGGGAAUUCAGUACUUGUUGAUGUUGCACCUGACACUGAAGUUGUCCUAGUUGAUGGAACUAAAGCAACAUGGGAUGAUAAAAAUGUCGUCGAACGAGUAAUAUGGUUUAGAAGCUAUGAUAAAAAUGGAAAAGAAGUAACAAGUAUGGGAUUGAGAGAAGAAAUAGUUCAAAGAAUGAAGUGGGAACAAGAAAGAGGUGGAUGGAAAACUCAAGGGAGGAUUAAACAAGUUGAGCAGUACAGAGAAAAUAGUAGUGGAUGGAGAAGAUUCAGUUGCUAUGUGUUGGUUGAGAGGUUUGUGUUGAGGAGAAUGGAUAGAAGUCUGGUGAUGACUUAUGAUUUCAAGCACAUUGAUAAAGUUCAGAGCAUAUGGGAGUGACUGUAUGAUACCAGAUUGUAGCUGAUGAAUGAUGUUACUGACUUAGAGGCGGACCAAGGAUUUGAAGGUUGCUGGUGCACUUUUUGAUUCAACCAAAAUGUAUUUUGUAUUUAAGGUGCCCGCUACUAAUAUAUCACUAUUUUCUAAAGACAUAUGUAUGUAUAUAUGAAAUUUUUGCCGAACUUUACGGGUGCAGGUGACCCCUCCACCUAUAGCAUAGGUCCGCCUUUUACUGUGUGCAUGUGUGACAAUUGUGAUGGGUCCAUCCCAUGUGUAAGGAAGACAUCUUCCUUUUGGCUUUGAAUUGUCAAGCCAACUAAAGGAAUAGUAAGGAAGAUUUUAUGGCAAAUAUUUCUUUGGUUUCAUAUUGAA